UAAUAAAUAGCCUUAAUGAUAGAUAAUGUAUCAUUAGAGAAAUACAGGAAAAGUUGUGAAACCAAAAGUUUAUGAACUGUGACAUCGAUAGAUAAUUCAAAAUAAAUAAAUUAAUUAAUUAAAAUAUAAUUAAAAAUUACAAGAAGUUAAUUUCUUCUCGAUAAAAGGAUGAUAAAUAAAAUGAUUAUUAAGAAUUUUGUAAGAAAUGCAGACGCAGAAACGCGCAUUCUCUCCCGCGAUCUCAUCUUCGGUACGAGCGUGACAUGAAUCAAGUUAGCUUUGGGAAACUCCUGAAGAUCGAUGACGUAGCUCAAUCCUAGCCGCUUAGCGCCAGUCUUACCGAUUAUAUUACAAAGAGCGGUACAUACUCCUGGUAUUCUUGAACAUUUGGCGAUAAAUGAUUAAAUGGACAAUAUGUUUUCCUCGGACAAUAUUUAUUUAAGAUGUUAUUUUUUUGUUAUUUUUUUUGCUACGACGUACGCAGCUCCAGGAGGUUUAGGAUCGUUUGCCGGUAGUAAUUCCGCUGCAUUCAGUAGUGCUUCAGCUAAUGCAUAUGCAGGCUCUGUUGCAAGUGCAAUCAGUUCUGCAAAUGCUUUCACUGGUGGUACUUUCCCUUCAAAAAAUCCUGAUGGAACAUAUGGAUUAACUCAUCAGGAAGGCACUUCUGCUGGGUCUGGAAGCUAUGUAGGACUUGAAAGUAUUAAUCCAGAUUCUAAUAAGUUUGGAUCACCACAUCAAGCCUUUGGUACUAAAAGAAGUUACAAUGAUAACAAGUCUCAAACAGUAUGUUCUGGAUGUCCAAAUGUAAAAGAAAAAUGGGAAUUAGAUAAUUAUGAUGAUCAAUCUGAAGAAGAACCACAAGAAGAAGAGGAAGAAGAUGAUUGUGACGAUGGUCAAUACAGACCUGAACAUCAUUAUCACCAUCAUAAAAGUAAAGUAGAUAAGAAACAAGAACAACAAACUGUGUCAAGUGUACAUAAAAUAGGAAACAACGAUCAAUAUAAUUACAAUCAAAGUAAUGAUAAAGAUGGAUAUACCACUAGUGAUAAUAAAGGACAAGAGAAUAUUCAUGAUGGAAGAUAUAAUAACUAUGGUAAUUCUGGACAUGUUGGAGCAAAUAAUCAAAAUUUAAAUAAUAAUUAUAAUGCUUAUCAACAUAACACUGGUGCUUUGAAAGAUUCUUUGCAUCCUUCUUCAAGCUGGACUGAUAUAAAUAAAAAGAAAGAAAAUGAAAAUAAAAAUUCAGGCAAUUCUGGAGUUGUAACACCUACUUCACCUAACACCUACACACCUACUAUUGGAAAGAAUUAUGGAAAUACAAAUAUAGGUGCAACUGGUGGUAUAACACCAAGCCAAAUAAAUUUAGGCUUGACAAGAGGCACCAAUGCAGAUUGUUCUAAUACUAAAUCUGGAUCCAGAGCAAACUGUGUAGAAAGUAUAGCUGAUUCUAAUUCAAAUCAAGCACCUGUUAAAUUAAGCCAAUCAAAUAUUAAAAAAACUAUUAAUGUAAUAAGUUCAGAAGGAAACAGAGCUACUACAGAAUGCAACAAUUUACAUGGAAAUUGUGAUAAUAGUAAAACAGGUGAAACGGCACAAUACCAAUCUACAUCUAUAGAUAGUACAAAUAAUUUGCAGAAUGGAUACACUGACAGUACUGGAAAAAAAAAUAAACCACAUUCAUAUGAUCAAGAAAAAACAGGACAAUGGAGAGAUCAACCUAAUAAAGGUAAUUUGCCAAGUGGACCUGCUGGUAAUGUGGGUGCAGGUUCUGGUUGUACGCCUGGAGUCUCUUCUCCUGCUUGUUCAAAUGAAGCAUCAACUCUGCAAAAGAACACACCAAUUCCUACUCAAACAUAUGGAACUGUUGGUAGUGGAACUAGUAAUGUAGGCGUAGGAAACAAACCUCAUUCGUAUGAUCAACAAAACACAGGACAAUGGAGAGAUCAACCUAAUAAAGGUAAUUUGCCAAGUGGACCUGCUGGUAAUGUGGGUGCAGGUUCUGGUUGUACUCCUGGAGUCUCUUCACCUGCUUGUUCAAAUGAAGCAUCAACUCUUCAAAAGAACACACCAAUUCCUACUCAAACAUAUGGAACUGCUGGUAGUGGACCUAGUAAUGUAGGUGUAGGAAAUAAACCUCAUUCAUAUGACCAACAAAACACAGGACAAUGGAGAGAUCAACCUAAUAAAGGUAAUUUGCCAAAUGGACCUGCUGGUAAUGUGGGUGCAGGUUCUGGUUGUACUCCUGGAGUCUCUUCACCUGCUUGUUCAAAUGAAGCAUCAACUCUUCAAAAGAACACACCAAUUCCUACUCAAACAUAUGGAACUGCUGGUAGUGGACCUAGUAAUGUAGGUGUAGGAAAUAAACCUCAUUCAUAUGACCAACAAAACACAGGACAAUGGAGAGAUCAACCUAAUAAAGGUAAUUUGCCAAGUGGACCUGCUGGUAAUGUGGGUGCAGGUUCUGGUUGUACUCCUGGAGUCUCUUCUCCUGCUUGUUCAAAUGAAGCAUCAACUCUGCAAAAGAACACACCAAUUCCUACUCAAACAUAUGGAACUGUUGGUAGUGGACCUAGUAAUGUAGGCGUAGGAAACAAACCUCAUUCGUAUGAUCAACAAAACACAGGACAAUGGAGAGAUCAACCUAAUAAAGGUAAUUUGCCAAGUGGACCUGCUGGUAAUGUGGGUGCAGGUUCUGGUUGUACUCCUGGAGUCUCUUCACCUGCUUGUUCAAAUGAAGCAUCAACUCUUCAAAAGAACACACCAAUUCCUACUCAAACAUAUGGAACUGCUGGUAGUGGACCUAGUAAUGUAGGUGUAGGAAACAAACCUCAUUCGUAUGAUCAACAAAAUACAGGACAAUGGAGAGAUCAACCUAAUAAAGGUAAUUUGCCAAAUGGACCUGCUGGUAAUGUGGGUGCAGGUUCUGGUUGUACUCCUGGAGUCUCUUCUCCUGCUUGUUCAAAUGAAGCAUCAACUCUUCAAAAGAACACACCAAUUCCUACUCAAACAUAUGGAACUGCUGGUAGUGGACCUAGUAAUGUAGGUGUAGGAAAUAAACCUCAUUCAUAUGACCAACAAAACACAGGACAAUGGAGAGAUCAACCUAAUAAAGGUAAUUUGCCAAAUGGACCUGCUGGUAAUGUGGGUGCAGGUUCUGGUUGUACGCCUGGAGUCUCUUCUCCUGCUUGUUCAAAUGAAGCAUCAACUCUUCAAAAGAACACACCAAUUCCUACUCAAACAUAUGGAACUGCUGGUAGUGGACCUAGUAAUGUAGGUGUAGGAAAUAAACCUCAUUCAUAUGACCAACAAAACACAGGACAAUGGAGAGAUCAACCUAAUAAAGGUAAUUUGCCAAAUGGACCUGCUGGUAAUGUGGGUGCAGGUUCUGGUUGUACGCCUGGAGUCUCUUCUCCUGCUUGUUCAAAUGAAGCAUCAACUCUUCAAAAGAACACACCAAUUCCUACUCAAACAUAUGGAACUGCUGGUAGUGGACCUAGUAAUGUAGGUGUAGGAAAUAAACCUCAUUCAUAUGACCAACAAAACACAGGACAAUGGAGAGAUCAACCUAAUAAAGGUAAUUUGCCAAGUGGACCUGCUGGUAAUGUGGGUGCAGGUUCUGGUUGUACUCCUGGAGUCUCUUCUCCUGCUUGUUCAAAUGAAGCAUCAACUCUGCAAAAGAACACACCAAUUCCUACUCAAACAUAUGGAACUGUUGGUAGUGGACCUAGUAAUGUAGGUGUAACAAACAAACCUCAUUCGUAUGAUCAACAAAAUACAGGACAAUGGAGAGAUCAACCUAAUAAAAGUAAUUUGCCAAGUGAACCUGCUAGUAAUGUGGGUGCAGGAUCUGGUUGUACAUCCGGAGGCUCUUCUAUCUGUACAAGUGAAAUACCAUCUGUGCAAAAAAAUAUUCCAACUUCUUCUUAUACAUUUGGGACUGUUGCUACUGGACCUUAUCAAAGUAAUAAAGAUACUAAACAAUCAGGAAAUUGUGGUGCGUUUAGUAGUAGCACAUGCGUAAGUAGCACUGAAGUUCCUAUAGGAAGUUCUCAAAAAAUAGAUGGUGGUAUUGGAAGUGGACACAAUGUUCAUGGACAAACUAACUCUGGAAAUAAAAAUUCAUAUCCAUUGAAUGCUGGAAAUCCUUUCUUACAUGGUGGACAAGAUAAUCUGAAACCAUUUAUACAUACGACUAGUUCACCUAUAUUUAUUACAAACAAUGUUGAUUCAAUAGGUACAACUUCCAAACCUAUUGGUUUUGGAAAUCCUUUUCUAGAUGGCACCAUAGGUAAUACAUUCGGAACCGAACAUGAUAAACAUAAUACAGGAAUAAAUCCUAUUAAAAGUGAUCCUUUAAAUAAGCCUAUUGGUGCAGGCAAUCCAUUUUUAACAAAUAGCGGAAAUGGAGGAAGUAAAAGCAGUACUCCAAUUUAUUCUGGUGCAAGUAUAGGAAGCAUUUCAAGUCCCAGCAUUCUACCAUCAGUUACAACUGUCCUACCUAUUGGGCAAAAUAAUCCAUUUUUGGAAGUAUCAGGUGGAAAUGUAGUAAACAAAUAUCCUCCCGGUGUAUAUCCAAGUGUAGCUGAAAACAAUAAAAAUGUAUUCUCUGGAAGUGGAACUCCUGCAAAUAAAGAAUUUCCUAAAUCAGGAGUAGGAAUUACAUCUUCUGGAAGUAAUCCAAAUACAAAUCGUGGAGUAAAAGGUGGUAAUCAGCAUAACAAAAUAUUUGAAAAUGUUGCAACUAGUAACGCAGGUGCUUUGAGUACUGGAAACAUUGAUACUGACAAAAGUACUGGACUGAAUAUUCCUAAUGCAUAUAAUAAUAAUAAUAAUGUUGGUCAUGGUGCCAGUUCGUUGCCAGGAACAGCUAAUAUUAACAAACCUUCUUAUACACUUUCAACAUCUCCUGAAUCUUAUGGUCAUAAAGAUACGUUACCACGAACAAGUGGAAGUGAUAGCGCCACCAAUGGCAAUGGAAAUUCACCGUCCAAUUCUUUGAUUAAUGGUCAUAAUGCAAAUGGUCCAUUUAAUCCUCAAAUAACAAAUGCCGGAGCACAAUCAUUUGCAGGUGCUCAUGCCGGAAGUUUCGCUAGUUCUUUUAGUAGUUCUCAAGCUUCAAGUUCAAGCUCGAGUUUUGCCAGCAGUAAAUCUGGAUCAUAUACAGCCAAUGGAGAUCCGAAUGUUUUGCAUCAAUUAAAUAGGAAUUGGCCGUUUGACAUUGCUACAAGCGUGAGUGGAGCCAGUUCUUGGCCAUCUUUAAAUGCAGGAUCGCACGCCUCUGCAUUUGCUAGUAGUAGUGCUGGCAGUUGGUCCGGAUCUGAACCGAUCGGUGUAAAAAGUUAAUAAAUUAAAUACAAAAGCGUAAUUCAAAUGUGGAAGAAAAAAAGAAGCAAACUUUCAAAAAGGGACCCAUUAUCGUAUAUAAUUCAAUAUAUUAUCACUUAAAACGAAAAUAUUAAGUUAUGAUUGAAAUGAACAAGUAGCAAAGAUGUGUAAUGCUUGAAAAUAUUUUUAAAUAUAUUUCUUUUAAUUAAAUAUAUUAUGUAUAUUUACAUAAUAUAUAAAAUGCAAA